AUGGAGGCUUCUCCAUUAAAACCGGCUCUCCAGCAUUCCAUCUCGACGCCCAGUGCUGUAUCCGCGACUCUUUCACAGCAAACACCAAAACCCAGUAAAAUCAUUCAAUUGCAAUAUCGGUUGAGCAUGGAAGGGCGAAUCAUUCUGUGCCCUUACAGCGAAAUGAUGAAUCGCUACCUUCCAAUUCCCCCUCGACCUGUUCCUCACUUCCAAUUGACCACCGGGUUGAGGGAUAUGAUGGAUGAUCUGAGAAGAAAUCAAACAACGGAGGUAAACAUGUACGAACAUUUGACUACUACAUUGAACCGAUGGCUUAAGCUGGCAGAUGCAGAUAAAAAGCCUAAAUUCAGGGUAGUCAUCUCAGGAAACAAGUCGGAUCCAGAUGAUUGGACCAAGCAGCGCAUCGAUGGCGGAGUCUACGAAGACGACGAGAAACCAACUGAAGACCAUCCGCCCAAGUGGGAAGCACUCGAGCUAGGUAUUGAGGUCAAGCGACAUCACAGCUGCGACUUCUUCAGCGACGAAUACCAGAAAGGCUAUUCUCCCAACUCGGAAGUCAGCAAAAGCGCACUUGGUCAGGCCAUGUCAUACUCCUCGCUUGUUUUCUUUCACCAACACCGCACACACCACUUCUCCAUCCUUAUUUUCGGAACCAAGGCUCGAAUCGUUCGAUGGGACCGUGCUGGUUUGUUAUUCACCAACGCAUUCGACUACUUCGACGAGCCCCAGAAGUUGGGCGAAUUCCUCUGGCGAUAUGCUCAGAUGGACUCCGUCGACAGAGGCCACGACCCGACCGUUACGAGGGUGGUGGCCAAGGGGGACGAAGACACUCUGAUGGAUACAAGGGCCAAGGUUUCGCGAAAGGUCGAAAAGGUUGUUGUUGAUGACGAGAUCAGGAAGCUGUUCGACGAAACCGUAUCGACUCAUGGUCCAAGACACAUACUGCGCGUUCAAGGCAAAAAAUUCCUGGUCGGCAAACCACAUACGUACACCACUGUCCUUGCAGGUCGCGGCACCCGCGGCUAUAUCGCGAUCGACCUCGACGACCCGAAGGGACCUUUUGUUUUCCUCAAAGAUACCUGGCGGGUUGUGGGGGAAGGCUUGGAUGAGGAGGGGAAAGUCCUUUUGGACCUCAACAGUCCGGACGAGCAGGAUCAGAGGGGUCGGAAGUAUAUCCCAACGCUGGUUUGCCACGGCGACCUCGAGGGCCGGUGGCAGAAAACCGACUCUCAAGACUUUUGGCUCACUCGCAAUCCCAAUUCCGACCAGAAGUGUCCCAUGCGAACCCACCAACAUUACCGCCUCGUUGUAAAGGAGGUCGGUCUGCCUAUUAGCAACUUCAGGAACGGACGCGAAAUGGUUACUCUCAUCUCGCACGGUGUUGCCGCGCAUGGCUACGGCUACAAGAAAGGAUACAUGCACCGGGACAUUAGUGCCGGAAAUCUCUUGAUCUUCGUCCGUCAAGACGUUGUAAACGGCCAGUUGAAAGAGGAGCGUCAUGGACUCCUCACGGACUGGGAAUUGGCGAAGAAGCUAGCAGACAAGGGGCCACGGCAGCUGGAACGGACAGGCACCUGGCAGUUCCUCGCCGUCGACAUUCUCAACAACCCCUCCAAGCCAGUCGAGGUCUGGCAUGAAAUGGAAUCGUGGUUUCAUCUCACCCUCUGGCUGGCGGUCCAGUACUUGCCACACAACGUCCAGAAUGUUGCCGUGUUUAUGUCGGAAUUUUUUGAUGACGCUGCAAAACCGGAUGAUGGUUCUACCCAUCAGAAAUGCGGCACAUUGAAGAGAACUAGCAUGGAAACAGGUCGUAUACGCUCUGCUGCUGGAACACGCUUCAAGUUUGGCGCCCAGGAUGAUCCUUUUGUCCCUCAUGCCAUCAACAAAGUCCUGGCCCAGCUUGCACGGGCCUUCUCAUACCGUUAUCAAGAACAAGAAUUGCUACGUACUAAUGCUGAACCUUGGCUCGAAGGCGAUGUAGCCGACCUGACCCCGGCGCAGCUCAAGGCACUCGAAAACAUUGACGAUCAAGUCCGUUUCGAAGAGCUGCUCCUCGAAUAUAUAAACGGCCCCGGCUGGCCCGAAAAUGACAAGACUGCGCCUCAGGUUUCCCUGAGCGAACGGGAGCCAUUCCCUUCAAGCUACCCCAUUCGCGGCAGCAAGCGGCCACCAUCGGAUGGGACAGCGGACUUGGAUGUGCCACAACCGAAGCAUCCAGCAGUCGCGGGUCCUUCGGGGAGUCGGCCUAAGAGAGGAUAG